CCAGGGCUGCCAUUGGCGCGGAUGAAAGUCCAGCACCUCGGGCUGCUAUAAAUGCACCUAUGCGCGGCCGGGGGCCGGCACCGCGGCCAUGGGCGGCUGCAGCAUCCUCCUCCUCCUCGUCCGCCGGCUCCCCGGCCGCACCUGCGGCCGCGCCGCGUCCUCGCUGAGCGCGCUGCGGCCGGCCGAGACGCUGCCCGGGCCGCCCAGCUGGCCGCUGAUGGGCAGCCUGCCCGACGUGCUCUGGAAAGGGGGGCUCAAGAGGCAGCACGAGACCCUGGCUCAGUACCACCGCAGGUUCGGGAAGAUUUUCCGCAUGAAGCUGGGCGCCUUCGACUCGGUGCACAUCGCGGCGCCCUGCCUGCUGGAGGCUCUGUGCCGCCGCGAGAGCGCCUGCCCGCAGCGCCUGGAGAUCAAGCCCUGGAAAGCCUAUCGCGACUAUCGCGACGAGGCCUACGGGCUGCUCAUCCUGGAGGGGAAGGACUGGCAGAGGGUAAGAAGUGCCUUUCAGAAGAAAUUAAUGAAGCCCCGGGAAGUUGUGAAACUGGACACGGCCGUCAACGAGGUCCUGGAGGACUUUAUGUACAGGAUAGAUGAAAUUUGUGACCACAAUGGACAGAUGGAAGAUGUUUAUUCAGAAUUCAACAAAUGGUCUUUUGAAAGUAUCUGUCUGGUGCUGUAUGGAAAGAGGUUUGGCCUCCUGCAGCAGGAUGUAGAAGAAGAAAGUCUGAACUUCAUCAAGGCUGUGAAAACGAUGAUGGCCACUUUCGGGAUGAUGAUGGUGACCCCUGUGGAGCUGCACAAGGGGCUCAACACCAAAGUCUGGCAAGCUCACACCAAAGCAUGGGAUGAUAUAUUUAAAACAGCCAAGCACUCCAUCGACAGCCGGCUGCAGAGGCACUCGGCCAACCCGCAGGGGGAUUUUCUGUGUGACAUCUACUCUGGGGGACACCUGUCCAGGAAGGAGCUCUACGCUGCCAUCGCCGAGCUGCAGAUCGCCGGCGUCGAGACGACAGCCAACAGUUUGCUCUGGGCUCUGUACAACCUUUCCCGCAAUCCACAUGUCCAGCAGAAGCUUUUCCAGGAAAUCCAGAGAGUUUUGGCUGCUCAGGAGAGCCCGAGUGCUGAGAGCCUGAGGAAUAUGCCCUACCUAAAAGCCUGUCUGAAAGAAUCCAUGAGAUUAACCCCAUCAGUGCCUUUUACCACCCGCACCAUCGACACAGACAUGGUUCUGGGAAAUUACAUGCUGCCCAAAGGGACGGUGCUGAUGAUCAACAGCCACGCCCUGGGCUGCAGCGAGGACUACUUCAGGGGCUGGGCAGAGUUCAGGCCCGAGCGCUGGCUGCACAGGGGCUUCAUCCAGCCCUUCUCCCACGUCCCCUUCGGCAUGGGCAGGAGGAUGUGUGUGGGGCGCCGCGUGGCCGAGCUGCAGCUGCACCUGGCCCUCUGCUGGCUGGUCCGCAGGUACCGGCUGGUGGCCACGGACCGGGCGCCGGUGGAGACGCUGCACUCGGGGAUCCUGGUGCCCAGCCGCGCGCUGCCCGUCGCCUUCCGCCCCCGAGGAGGUUUGUGAUGGGGCUCUGCACCCCGCAGCCCUCCCGGGACCUGGUG